AUGCAAAUCUUAGAAAAUUCAGAUGCAAUAGUUAGUGAUGAUGAUUCUUUAGAAUUAGAUUGCAGAAUUAUAGUACCAAAGUUUAAGAAAGAAGAAUAUGAUACAUUUUAAACAGAGACUUCUACUUCUGUCAUGGCAAGAGUGAAAUAAAUUAGAUCGAAUUCAUAAGAAUUUAGAUUUAUGUAGUCCAAUUAAGUUACUCCUUAAGGUUCCUUAAAUUCCACUUAAAAACUAAUUUAAUGCACUUUACUCAAUUUAGAUUAGGAAUCAAACAAAUUAAAAGUCAAUUAACAUCUUUUACCUUAAUAUGAAUAUAGAAAUACUCUUGAAAUGAUUAGAAAGGACAACAUUCCUUAAAGUCCUGCAGGUUCAGUAGAACGUGUAAACAAUCCUUAGAUACCAAACAUAUAAGAAUAGAAUUUAAUUAGAAUGCUAACUCAAUAAAUUUAACCUUUUUAGAAACAACCUAUAAUUAGAUAAAAUAAACGAUAAUUAACUUAAACAUUUAAAAGUUGUCCUUUAGAAGCAUCACCUAUUAAAAUAACUAGGUUUUCAUAAAGAUAAAUUUAUGUAACUUAAUUAGUUAAUACUAAUUAAUAACCUUUAUAAGAAAAAUUGAGUCUUGUAUAAUUAGAGAACAAGGAGAAAUUUUGUAAAUUGUCUUUAAGUUUAUUUAGAAGUAAAACAAGUACAAUUAAAUAUACUAAAUAAAAUAUCUAAUUAAAAGGUAUUCUCAAGAGUAAAUUAUGCAAUAGUGAAGAUGGAAAGAGAAGAAAAAAUAGUUAUUAAGAAUCACAAAAUUUAAUUAAAAAAGUUACUUUUAUUUAAAACAAAUAACCUAAAAAUGUUUCAAUAAAUAAUAAAAAAAAAGAAGCAGCACUUUAUCAAUAAUAGCUCAUUAGAAUAUAAUGA